UUCCUUCCGGGACUUUCUCCUAAAAAGCAGAAAGCAUGCUAGUUAUGAUAGCAACUUAAAGAUUGAGAUUUGCAAAUGUGCGCGUUUUAGCUGAAUUUGUUUGAGACCCAGUCAGCGUGUACUCUGAAAUGACUUAAGGAAAAGGUGGCUGUACGCUAGCUUAUUGGGGGAACUUAAAGAAUCCGCAGAAGAUGAUAGAACCAGAGCUACUGACCGAAGUCCCUGCAGCACUGAAGCGGCUAGCCAAGCAGGUUGUAAGGGGUUUCUAUGGAGUGGAGCAUGCCUUGGCCCUGGAUGUGCUGAUCCGUAAUCCAUGUGUCCGUGAGGAGGACAUGCUGGAGCUGCUCAAGUUUGACCGUAAACAGCUGCGCUCAGUACUCAACACCUUGAAGGCAGACAAGUUUGUCAAGUGCCGCAUGAGGGUGGAGACAGCCCCUGAUGGCAAGACAACACGACACAACUACUACUUCAUCAACUACAGGGUACUGGUCAAUGUGGUCAAGUAUAAAUUGGAUCACAUGCGACGACGCAUUGAGACAGAUGAGCGAGACUCGACCAACCGUGCUUCCUUCCGGUGCCCUUGCUGCUUCUCCACCUUCACUGACCUAGAAGCCAACCAGCUGUUUGACCCUAUGACAGGUACAUUUCGCUGCACCUUCUGCCAGACGGAGGUAGAAGAGGACGAGUCUGUCUGUCCUGAUGCCAGGACGCUGGUGGCACGCUUCAAUGAGCAGAUCGAACCCAUCUAUGCGCUGCUACGUGAGACCGAAGAUGUCAACUUGUCCCAUGACCUGCUUGAACCCGAGCCUGCUGAGAUCCCUGCUCUCAAACAGAGCCGUGAACGUGCUGCAGCAUCUGCAAACUCUGCAAUCGGCCCACACCGUGAAGCCUGGUCUAAUAAAGGCUCAUCCUACGCUGACCUGUACACCCAGAAUGUGGUUAUCAGCAUGGAGGAGCAGGAGGACCAACAGAAGCAGGCCAAUGAGGGCAAGGCACCUAAGGAGAGGCCCGUCUGGUUGACCCAGAGCACUGUGCAGGGUGCUUACAGCGAGCCUGACAUCCUCAAGAACCGUGGAGACAUUUUACCUGAAGUCCAGGAUGGAGCAGCUGGUCAAGGAAUUGGUCAGGCUGAUGAAAAUGAGGAGGUGAUGCGCGCUCUGCUCAUCCAUGAGAAGAGGGGUGCGGCAGGAGCAGGCGCAGGCGGAGCAAGUGCUGCUGCCAGGGGACUCGCCUCGGCCACAGCUAAUGCCAGCGACUCAGAGAGCGACACUAGCGAAUCGGAUGACGACUUUCCCUUAGGUCCUCCCCCUGCUGCGGCUGCUCAGCAUCGGGCUGACGAAGAAGAGGAAGAGGACGAUGAUGAGUUUGAGGAGGUGGGGGAUGAGCCAGUGGUGAUGGUGGGAGGUCGGCCAUUCUCAUACCGAGAGGUGAGCCAGAGGCCAGAGCUGGUGGAGCAGAUGUCUGCACAGGAAAAAGAGGCCUACAUUGAAAUGGGACAAAACCUAUUCCAGGACAUGUACUUCUGAAUACACACAUACACUUACAUCUAUACACUAUUUCCUGAAUAUAUACUUCUGCUGUUUCACACUGUCAGUGGUGUUAUCAGAGGAAGUGUUUAAGGACACAACGUAUCAAGAGGAAACAAGAUGCUGCUCAACAAGUAUUGACAGUCAGCUUCGUGCCCCUGCAUUGUAAGGACAAAGAACAUGCUUUGACAGUGUUGCCUAAGUGAUCACACUUGAAGUAUUCUGUCUGAAGUAUUUUUGAAACCAAAAGGGAGCUGGUUAGCUGCAGUUGGUGCACAAAGUGUCAAUUAGUUUUUUUGUUGGUCUGUUUUUUUUUUUAAUUUUUUUUAAUACAAUUUCAGCUGUAAGUUUAACAGGAUGUCUAUGCCAGUCACAUUUCUUGCAGUGUUUUUCGGUUUGGUUGUCCAUCUGGAAGCGACUCAAACAUAUUUUUUAUGCUUUACGUUUUCCAUUUUCACGUGUAUCGGGCUGCGAGGACUGCCGAAAGAAGUCUGAGUGCAAAGCAGAACUGUGGCUGAAGCAGCUACUGCUGACAUGCUGCUUUCAUUACACUGCUGGUGUAGACAAGGUGAUGGCCGUAUAUUUUGUUUUUAUGAAGCAUGUCAACAGACUGGAUUUAAAAGCUCGUCUCAGGCAAAUGUUGAAUAUAAGAGACAAAGGAUAUGGGUAAAUUGUUGUGGUUAACAGUGAAACGGUUAUUAUUUAGAGCAAUCUGUAAUGAAAAACACUGCAGCACAGGGAUAUGGAUCAAAUUGUAAUGAAUGUGUUAACAUAGAGUGAAGUCAGAUUAUAAUUGGAGGAAGAAUUAAAACCUUGUGGGCAGACAUUUAGACUCAGAAUAUAAGUGUGAGAAUAUCUCUUGUCAGACAGUGAACUGAUUCUAGUGAGAGUGCAACAUUAUGUCCCAACACGGUUUACUGGUGAACCUCAUACUCCACACUAUGCUUAUGUGUCUGGGUAUGACUUCGUCCUACAACCUGUUUCCAUGUUAAGACCUGUUGUGUUUGCUAAAAAGGCAGAUUUGUGACCAUUUGAAAUGAUCAUUAAUAUUCAGAAGAUAUGAAACUAUGAUGGAACAAGGUGUGGAUAAAAUUUUGAAUUCAGCUUCUGAUGAUGUUUUUUUUUUUAAUUUGUAUUCACUUUGUACAAAUAAACCUUUUUCUUUUA